AUGGACACAGAUAUCCUCGACAAUAUCCUCUCUCUAGAAGAGCAAUUCUACAAGGAAGGCUACGACCUGGGUGUCAUCGACGGUGCUCGCGCCGGAUACACGGAAGGAAGCGUCUUUGCAGUUGAGAAGUCGUUUGAGAAGUUACUGCAACUAGGGCGGCUGUAUGGCAGAGCAUUAGUUUGGAAUCAGCGACUACUUAGCUCAGGCGUGAGCGAAGGACAACAAGUGCCCUCGAAGGCGGGAGAGGAAGACACAAUCAAUACCGACCUGUGCAACUCCAUGCCCGCUCUCCAUCAAGGCUCAAGACUCGCGAAAAAUAUCCAGACACUUCUCGCGUUAGUUGACCCGGUUACACUCGUAUUACAGAAUACGGAAGAUGCGGUAUCGGAGAUUGAGGAGAGACUCAAGGGUGCUGCGUUGAAAGUCAAGUUGAUUCAGAGGGCGCUGGGGGAGAGUUCCUUUGGUGAUGGUUCUGCGGGGGAUGCGGCGCUUGGGGAGGGGAGGAGUGGAGGGGAUGGGUCGGGGAGUAUUGAGGAUAUCAGUUCUUUGCAUGUUAGGCAUUGA